AUGGUGGAUGGAGGGAUUUUCCUGGAACCCAUGCAUAACCCAUGCCCUAAACUACAGGUGACAUCCAGGAUCCAGCUUUCACCUGUCGCUGAGUCUAAAUGGGGCAAUAGCUGGAAUGCCCAUGUUUUUCCAUUGCCCUGCUAUGAGAUACAGCGAGAGAGAGAGCAAACACAACAACACAAGCACAUCCUACUCUCGAAAUCUCGUUUCUCGGGCCAUCGUUCACGAAUAUCAAGGAACUCGUGCCUUUUCCGAGUGCUUCUUUGCUUCCUCGAGACAGCGAGUUCCGGAAGCUCCAAAUUUGUAUGGCUGCUUCGAUCUAUGCCCUCUUCAGUUGCAAAGGAAUCUCAUAGACACGAAACUCAUGUAAUCAAAAUUUUACUCUUACUCAAUAAGGUUGCUUGUCUGGAGGGGGAUUGA